UCACUAGAUGGCAAACAUUGUCCAAGGAAGAAGUUUACAAUUUACUUGUACAUGUGCUUGUUUUUUUUUGUAUACACACAACAUAGUUUUAACAUAUUAAAUAUUUUCAUUUUCAUUUUUAGAACACACACAAGCAUAGCGCCUUGGCGCCAAAGUUAUAUAGAAAAAUAUUCAUUUCUGUGUAUAAAUAAUUAUUGCAAAUACCAUUUGCAAUGAUUGCCAAGCAACUAAUGUAAUGUGAGCCAAAAUUGUGAUGAACAUGGUGAGAAAAGAGAACAGUAAUUUUUGGAUCUUACGAAAUUUAUCAUAGAGAAGAAUAUUGAAAAAGAAAAAUGAAUACUGAUAAUGAGGAACGUAUUUUGGAUGCAGAACAAUGGAAAUUAGAAGCGGAAUCUGUCAUAAAUGAUGUGAAAAAUCAUGUACAAAAUUUUGUAUUAUCCGAAAAAUUACUAAGUACAAAUUCGGCAAUUUUUUUAAAUCUCACAACACUUGAGAAUUUAAAAUUUUGCAUUAAAUUAACAGCAGCCGGAUUCACUAUUAUUGGCAAUCAACAUGACGAUACAUCCAAUAAUGAAAAUAUGUAUUUCGAAACACCUUACAGUUUACUUGAUUUUGUCAGUCCACAAUAUAGAAAUUCUUUCGGGAAUUCUUUAUUAAAUAAAUUAAAUCAACUUAAAGAAAAUCAAACUGACAUUUAAAAAAAAAACUUAACCCCCUAAAUAUUGUAUUUAUAAGUUUUAUAUUUUAUAAUAAAUUCAAUAAAAAAGAAUUCAAUAGA